ACAAGCAAUGCUCGUCAGACAAUUGGAAGAAGAACUAAGAUUGCGCAUGCGACAGCCGGCGCCGGAGUUGCAGCAACAAUUAGAAGCGCUGUAUGCUGAGAACGAACACCUGCAGAGGGAGAUAGCUAUAUUGAGGGACACUAUUAAGGAACUAGAGCUACGGAUCGAAACACAAAAGCAAACCUUACAAGCUCGAGAUGAAAGCAUCAAAAAGUUGCUCGAAAUGCUACAGAAUAAGGGGAUGGGUACGUCGUUACUAUGGAAAGAGGAAGAAAGACAAAUGUUCCAACAAAUGCAGGCCAUGGCGCAAAAACAGGAGCUCAAGGCGACGGCGGACACGCUGCGGGCGCUGCAGACGCAGCUGGAGCGCGCGCUGGCGGCUGCCGGGCUGCCGGGCGGCAGCGCGGGGGCCACGCUGACGGCCGUGCUCGAGACCAAGGAGGCGCGCAUCGCCACCCUGGAGCGCCAGGUCGCCUUGCUCGAGAGCGAGCUGGCCGCGUACGUGUCGCCGCCGCCGCCCUCGCUCGCGCCCUCGCACGCCUCGCUUUACGAUAAGGCCGACCCUCCCUUCAAGAGACAAUUGGAUGAGUUCCGAUUGGAGAUUCAGCGGCGGGACCAGGAGAUCCUGGCGAUGGCGGCGAAGAUGAAGGCCUUGGAGGAGCAGCACCAGGACUACCAGCGCCACAUCGCCGUGCUGAAGGAGUCUCUGUGCGCCAAGGAGGAACAUUACAGCAUGCUGCAGACAGACGUGGAGGAACUAAAAGCCCGCCUCGACGAGAAGAGCAGAGUGGUUGAGAAGAAGACUGCGGCGGCUUUGGCGGCUGCGCACGAGUUGGCCGAGCUGCGAGACCAUUCAGAGAUCAAGGAUCGGAAGAUCAACGUGCUGCAGAGAAAGAUCGAAAACCUCGAAGAUCUCCUCAAAGAAAAGGACAACCAAGUAGACAUGGCACGAGCUAGACUCAACGCCAUGCAAGCCCACCACUGUUCCUCCGAAGGCGCCCUAUCAUCCUUAGAAGAAGUCAUCGGAGAUAAAGAGAAGCAAAUACAGCAAUUGAGAGAACAACGCGACAGAGCGGAACAUGAGAAGACCGAAGAAAGAGAGCUACACGAGAGAGAGCUAGCUGAGUAUAAGAUGAAACUGCACGCCCUUGAAAGUGAAGUCGAAAAACUUGGUGCGAGACUCGAGAGAGCUUCGGCUGAGAAGGAUAGGCUUGAAGCUAAGCUGGAGAGCUCUCAAUCUGAGCUUGGGAAAUCUAAAGCAGAGCUAGAUAAGGCUGCAAGUGAAGUGGGUCGAUCUGGUGCUGAUUGGGAGGCAGCGAAGCAGCGCCUGGCGAGACUUGAGCUUGAAAACGAGAGGCUUAAGCACGAGCUCGAAAGAUCGCAGACUACGUUUGGAAGAAGCACGUUGACUACCUCACAGGAACUAGACAGGGUGCAAGAGAAAGCUGAUAAGAAUGCAGCAGAGUUGAGACGAACUUUGGCCGAGCUGAGAGUGACUCAAGCGGAUGCGGAGAGAGCCAGGUCUGAGGCUAGUGGACUUCAGGACAAGUUGGAGAAGUCUCAAGGCGAAGUGUACCGUCUGAAGGCCAAGCUUGAGAAUGCACAAACUGAACAAGACAGUCUCAAGGAAGAAUACGAUCGACUCCAAUCAUCAAUAAGCCGUCUGCACUCCGAGCGAGACAAAGCCAUAGCCGAGCUGGACAAAGCUAGGGAGGAGCUGGAAAGAACCCAGGCAACCCUGGGCAAGGCCCAACUGCAGCAGGACAAACUGCAGGCCUCGCUCGACUCCGCGCACUCUGAGAUAGACAAGGUCCAGGAGAAGCUGGAUAAGGCUGCCGUUGAGAAUAGAAAGCUGCAAGUAGACCGCGAGAAGCAAGCGUACGACUUCGAGUCCCUCCAGUCCCAGUUGGACAAGGCACUGGGACAGGCAGCGCGGCUCCAGAAGGAACGGGACACGGCCCAAUUAGACGCUGACCGGUUCCGGGACAAGCAUGAUAAGGCUCAAGCCCUCGUAGCUCGCAUCCAAAAAGAAAGGGACGCCGCUCUUGCCGAAGCUGCCAGCUGCCGCGAGAGAGCCGAAGCGGCCGCUGCUGCCGCAAACCGGGCAGCCAGGGACCGAGACAGCGCGGCCACUGAGCUGGACGUGCUGAGGGAGAGAUGGGAGAAGGCGCACCAGCAGCACCAGAAACUUACUAUGGAGCGAGAUGAUGCUUUGACGGAGCUAGAAAUAUUAAAGGAGAAACUCGACAAGGCCCUGUACUCCACUCAGAAGACCAUCGAGGAGAAAGAGACCGCGCACAAAGAAUACGAAAAAAUGCUCGAAAAGUAUGAUAGGUCUCAGAACGAAAUCUACCGACUGCAAAACAAGAUAGACAUUCUGGAAGCCGACAAAGACCGCAUCGAACUCGAACUGGAAAAACAAGUACACUUAUCCACGAAAUCGAGGGAAGAUCAGAGAAAGUUACAAGACGAACUGGCUAGAUUACAGGAAAUGUACGACAGGGCAUCGUUGCAACUGGGCAGGACCAAAGAACAGGAAGAAAAGGCUAAGGAAGACAUGGACAGACUGCAUGUUGAUAUCGAAAUGGUUCGCGAACGGUAUGAGAAGAGUCAGAUCGAGUUGAGAAGGCUCCAAGCCGAGAAGGAGAAGUUGGUUGCGGAUAACGAACGGUUGCAAUUUGAGUAUGACCGAGCUAUGACACAGUGUGGUAAAGCGCAGGCGUCGAACGAGAAGACUCAAGAAGAAAUGGCCAGAGUUCAGAUCGAGCUUGAAAAGAUGUACGAUAAACAUGACAAAGUGUCGGCUGAGAUGAGAAGAGUGCAAGCGGAAUUGGAUAAGGUGAAGCAAGAUGCAAGCGGGGCGAGAGAAGAGGCGGAGAGGUACGCGGCGCGCUACGGAAAGUACCACGAUACGAAGGAAGAGCAUGAGAGGACUAAACUGGAGGUGGAGCGCCUUCGCACGCGGCUAGAGAAGACCACGCUUGAACUGGAGCGAGCGAGGAAGGCCGACGAGGAGGUUGUGCGGCUGCGCUCUGAGUUGGAACGCGUCGAGGGCCUCCGAGGUAAAUACCAAUUUGAACAGGACAAGUGGACUAACGAACUGAACCGAAUGCAGGCGGAACUCGACAAAUUCCGCGAACGCUUCGAGGCGUCGCAGGCCGAAGUCCAGCGCAUGCAAGCCGAGAAGGAACAAGCAGAGACGAAACUCCACGAACUGAAUAUACAACUGGAGUUGUCGAAGAGCGAAGUGACGAAACUGAGUGGGGCGUUAGAGAAGCAGCGGACUGAUCUUGAACGCGCUCAUAUUGAGUGUGAAAAGUUCAGAGAUAGGUGUGAGAAGCUUAAGUUACGGUCAGAACAGCUGGAUAAAGACAAUGAAAGACUUAAGGGCGAGUUGCAACAGAUCGAAAGGAUGAAGUUGCAAGCGGUGGCCGGAGACAAGGCGCGAACUGAGGAUCGACUAGAAAUCGAACGUCUUCGUGACAAACUCGAAAAAGCAAUUCAAGCGAGAGAUUCUACAGAAAUGGAAGCAGGUCGACUGGCAAAGGAACUUGAAAAGUCUCAGAUGCAUCUAGCUAAGUAUCAGGAAACAAACGAAACUACUCGAGUAGAGUACGACAGAAUGACGAACGAGUUAGGAAGAAUGCACGAGCGCCUUGAACGUACUAUCCUAGAAAUGAGACAGAUCGAACAAGAAAGAGAUGCACUGAGAGCAGAAAUACAGAACACGAGACGCAAUGUGGAACAACAACAGAGAACAUUGGACCACCGAACACAGGAGACUCUAGUGAAACUUCAGCAAGAACUUGCCCAAUCAGUGCGAGACAGAGAAAAAAUGGCGUCCAUAUUAGAACAGCGAGAUAAACAGGCGGACGCAAUAGAAAAGCAAAUCGUGAAAUUGGAAGCGGACACAAAACAGUUGACUAUCGAACGCGAUCAACUCGUAGCUCAAUUAGAGAAGUCACAGGAUAUGCUUGUGAAUUUCCAGAGGGAACUGAACUCUUCGGAGGCGGAGUUGCAGAAGCAGCGUGAGGAGGUUCGUCGUCUGAAGGAGGAGCAGAGAAAGAUGGCACAAGACACGGAGCGGGGUGCAAAGGCAGUCCUUGAAAACCGGGAGAGAGAGAUCGUUAAACUGCAGCAGCAAGUCCAAGCGGCGGCGAAGGAGAGAGACAUGAUCAGACAGCGAGCCGAGAAGGCGGAGAAAGAGGCUCAAAAAGUCGGGGAACUCGAUAAAUGGCGAGCGGCGGUCGAAGCGGAGAAGAUGAAGGCGAUCGCAGCAGAGAAAGCGCUGUCGGAAUGCCAGCAGCGCUUGCAGAGUUUAGAGAAGCAGUUCCAUGCGCAACAGCAGCAGUUGCAGCAGCUUCAAGCGCGCGGGCCGUCGGACGUGCGCGAGGUUCAGAAGCAGCUGGAAGCGGCUCAAGGCGAGGCGCGCUCGCUGGCCACGGAGCGCGAGCGGUGCCAGGCGCAGCUGGAGAUGCUUGUGCAGGAGUUGGAAAAGAGCCAGCUCGAUCUGCACGAAGCGAACAAGAAAUUACAAGCGGCUGGCGCUCAGAACGCCAAAGCUGGGGAAGAUACAGCCCAAGCUAGAAGACAGCUGCAAGAAGAAUUCAAAAAAUUAGAAGACGCGAGAAAACAGUUUGAAGAUCAAAGAAGAACGGUUGAGAACAGAAGGAAAGAGAUAGAAGAGAAGGAAAAGUCGCUAACGGAAUUAGAUCGACAGUUAAAGAAGAGAAAAGAGCAAAUGGACCAAAUGGAAGCCUCUUUGAGGAAGGCCGGCGGCAGUACAGCAGCGGUAACUGACCUGAACCGCAAGCUGACAGACUCACAGAAGGACGCAGAGACCCUCAAACAACAGCUGGACCAGACGAAGGAGGAGGCCAAGCGCCUCACCACAGAGACCGAGCGGCUGCUGCAGUUAGUGCAGAUGUCACAGGAAGAACAGGCGCAGAAGGAGAAGCAGAUAAUGGACCUGCAACAAUCUGUGAGGAACCUUCAAGCCAAACUGAAAAGUCAGCAACAAGCACAAGCACAAAGAGAAGAGGAUUUGAGCAGAGCAAGGCAAAGUGAGAUUAUGGCUAUCAAUGAUCUGACGCAGACGUUGAGAGAGAAGGAUCAUUUGAAAUCUAGAUUGGAGGAAAAUAAGAUGAGGGUGAUAGAUCUAGAAAUAGAGCUGAAUGAAUCGUCGCUGAUAUUAUCCGAGCUACUGAAGAUCUCGAAAGGUCAGGAGCCGAGUAAUAUACAGAGAAGUAAAAGCUUUUUUGAGCUGCAGAAGAGUGGUAAGGUAGCAGAGAGGCUGGACAAAUGCAAAUUCAGCAAAAGCCAGAACGAUAUCGACGGCAUGCAGGACAGAAACCAGAUGCCAAAUGUUCAGAAGCUGACCAGAAAGAUCAGUGAAAUGUCGAAAGAAAUAGCUGUGAAGAAUUCUAAGAUAAUUGAGCAACAGAGAUGUGUGUCCAUAUUAGAAGAGGCAUUGAGAGAAAAUAAUAACAUUGCAGAGUUUGAGCAGCUUCUAGCUGUGGUAAGAAGUAAAGACGAAAGGAUAAAUGAACUGGAGCAGAUCAUUAACAAGAAAGCGGGGGUGACCAUAGCUGAUUACAAAGACAAAAGAAUAUUGGAGUUGGAAGACGCUUUGAAGGAAUCGUUUAUGAUUGCAGCCGAGAGAGAAAAAGUUUUCUAUGAAGAAGAACAAAGGCGUAUUGAAACUCUGCAAAAGAUGAAAAAGAUGGAGCAGCGGAUCCGAUCGCUGCAGAACGCUUCAGCGAUGAGCUGCGAGACGUGCGCGCCGCUGCUGCAGCGCUUGCAGCGGCUGGAGGCGUCGGUGCACGACUCCAGGGCCAAGAGGGACGGCGUGCUGCGCACUUUAGCACGCCUUGUUCAGAACAUUCUAGAAGAACUGAUCACGGAGAAGGACAACCACAUCGCGGAGCUGGAGAUCAAGGGCGUGCUCGACGAGAGCGAGACGGCGAGAUGCGACGCGCUCAAGAACGAGCGGGACAGACUGCUCAAUAGGCUUAAGAUUGAGAAUGAGAGGAUAGUGGAACUGGAGCGCGAGGUGUACCAGGAGCCCACGCCGCCGCGGAGCCUGCUGCCGAUCAACCUGACGCUGGCCGACGGGCUGCUGGCCGACCACAAUGUAAUAGUCUGGGAGACGGACAUCCCAGCGACGGUUCUAUGAGGCCUCACAGCUAAGUCCAAACCGUGUAUGUGGCUUCUCACGCACACUCACCCUUCACCGCUACCUUACCUUCCAUUACCGCUUAUCACCUACAUAGACCGAACAAACGAUCCAAAAAAUAACCUAAAAAUACCCAAAACAACGCUUUUCACUCGCGCCGGAAACCGUUACGCGCCAUUUUGUCGUGGUAGCCAUUUUGAAUCGCAACCGGAAGUGAUUGACAGAUGUAAUAAUCUCAAGAAUUAAUAAAAACGCGUUAACAAAAGCGUUGUGUACUAACAUCGUCGUCCAAGCUUGCAACUUCGUGAAACGGCGCCAUUUUCUCACUAAUCGUGCCAUAAGACCAAAGAAUGGUUCAUUUUGUUAUUGUAAAUAAAUCUUGUUUUUAUUUUUACAUUUUUGUUUUAUUUAUACUUCAAUCGAAACGAUGUGAAGCUAAAUGAAUAUUUUUUUACAUUAUACUAAUUGAAAACGGAACCAAAAAUUAUUUAUCUAUUUGCACUUGUUAACAAAAAUGUAUACUUAUUAGAGCAAUAAUUUAAUCUAUCCUGUACUCUAGUUAAAUCCGCAUUCGGUGUCUAUUUUUAUCUAUUAGUGAAAUAUAUUAUUGAAAUUUUAUUAUAAACAGCAUUAUUUAUAAAUACAAUUAUUUCAUCGAUAAAUCUUGUCAUAGAAUUUACUUACCUUCGAUGCAAAAAUUUAUAGUAGUUGAAUCUGUUCUAUUACCUUUGUAUAGUCUCUAAUAGAAAAUCGACCAUAGGCAUUAUGAUAAUUUAGAAAUGUUUGAUCUUAAAUUAAUUUUAGGGAGUUUAUUUACACUACAAUAGCUAGAUAAUUCAAGGAGUACGUUGUGUUUGUAUGGAAUAGUUGAUACUUUGCCUAAUGUUUCUUCUUUGCUAGCCGAAUCUUUGUUGAAAUUAAUUUAAAAACUUUACAUAUCAUGCACAAAGUUUAAAAUGGGCAUUCCAAGCUGACAUCGGCAUAUCAUUACAUUCUAUUUACGAAUAGGCUUCUUCUUGUUAAAGUUUCCUUAGGAAAGUGUUGUCGGUGUUCAAACUAUAUUUGUGAAAAAACGCUUGUACAAUGUCAAAAGAAGCACUGCCUUACAAUCUAAGUAAAUUAAAUAAAAUAUUUUUCCGUUAUCAAUGCCUUGUUCGCUUGAUGGAGAGACGUCCGCUCUCUUCGACUGAUCGUGAAGGAAUGAGCAAAUUGGCGGGAAAUGUCUUAUCCUCUUCCGUUGACGGCAGCUAUUUUAUAACUACCCACAUGUAAUUUACGAUUAUUGUGAGCUUUUUUACAAAUAUCUAUACAACAGUAUUGUAUUUUGUGAUAAUAAAAAUAGUCGACCGGUAAACGAAAUCCAAUUUGUGAAAUGAUAAAAAUAUUUUAACUCUCUUUCUCGUUACUAUCCGAUAAAAUAAUUUGUACAUCUAGUUAAGUAAUUCUUAAUUAUUAAGCCACUAUUACCAAUGUGAAAGCUUAUUGCUGUUUUAAGCAAUUGUUUUUUAAUGAAACGCGUUCAUAAAUUGGAUUGUCGCUUGAAAGAACAACAUCGAAUAAUAAUACCAUUGAUCUGUCAUUUCUAGAGAGAGGAUCGGUCCAGUGAAGUUGUUUCUAUGGCCGUCCUCCAUUUAUUUGUCCAACGGACUUGUUCUCAUAAUGUUUACAUGUAAACUUGUUACUUUAUAUCACAGAUAAUAAUAUAGAGUGUUGGCAAAAUUAUGGCUUUUUAUACACAGUCGCUGUAUGUAGUGUGUAUUGUAUGUUAGGCGGGAAAACGCGCUGCAGUGUUCGGUCGAAAGCGUUCGAGCUUCGAAUACGUUCUAUUUUUAAAAUUUCAAACUUUUAAACCUUACCUUGUACUUUUUUUUAAACCUAAGAGUUUUGACUUGACACUGCAGCUUCGAGCGACCUUUUUUCGUAUCGACUCAAGUGUGUAGUAAAUUGUCGAUCAAGUCACAAUAAUUAUUAUGGUAUUAAAGUAAAUGAUAUUAGUUACUUGUUACAUAAAUAUAAUGGUAUAAUUAAACAGUGGGUCGUAUUGUUUCACACGUUGUAUUGACCGAAAUUAUGCUGAAAAUAUAAAAAUACAUGUUCUUUGAAAAUAUAAUAUCUUCAUAUACGGAACAGUA